AAUCUUCUCAUCACUCUAGCUCCCGCAGCACGCACAUUCCCCCUCGCCCACCAUGUCCUGGCAAGCAUACGUUGACACCAGCCUCGUUGGCACCGGCAACAUCGACAAGGCCCUCAUCUGCGAUGUCGAAGGCGCAACCAACUGGGCCGCCUCCCCAGACUUCACGCUGUCUGACGAGGAAAGGGCGGCCAUUGCCAAAUCCUUCAACGACAAGUCGGACCCCAAGAAGGUCAUCUCCGAGGGCAUCAAGGUCAACGGCGUCAAGUACAUGACCAUCGAGGCAAGCGACGAUGCGCUCAAGGCAAAAAAGGGCAAAGAGGGCGUCGUCGCCUUCAAGACUGGCCAGGCCGUCAUCAUCGCCCACCACCCCGAAUCCAUCCAGACUACCAACGCUUUCUCCUCCGUCGCCGAGCUUGGCGACUACCUGAAGAAGCACGGAAUGUAGACCAUCUCUGCCCCGGCACUGUUUGUAUGUUAGAGAUAUUUGCAUAGCCCCCCACUCGUCAAGUGGUGGACAAGAUGGCAGGGAGGACUGGUCAAGGAUAUAGAUAUGAAUCAUGAUGCACCACAUAGCGACAGAAGAAAUUUCUCUUUGAUGCAAUGACAUGCCUUUAGACCACG